AUGUUUGCUCGAUCUGCUUUCCGUGCGGCUCAGCCGCUUAGAAUGCACGCUCGUCGCUUCGCGACCGAGACUGGCCCUUCUGCUGCCAAACCCGCUGCUGCCGCUGCGCCCAAGACCGCUGCCACUCCUCCUCCUCCGCCUCCUCCGAGCCCCAGCGGCGGCGGCGGCAGCAAUGCCACCAUCUACAUCCUCGGCGCGGCGGUCCUCGGCGGCGGCGCCUACUACUACAGCACCCUGAGCGGCGGCGCCAAGGCCGGCGCCGCUUCCAAGCAGCCCGCCCAGGCUGCCUUUACCGGCGGCGACCAGGGCUUCCUGUCGCUCAAGCUUGCCGAGGUCGUCGACGUCAACCACAACACCAAGCGCUUCCGCUUCGAGCUUCCCGAGAAGAACCAGGUGCCCGGCCUGCCCAUUGCCAGCGCCGUCCUGACCAAGUUCAAGGGCGAGGGUGACGAGAAGGCCACCCUCCGCCCCUACACCCCCAUCAACGACGAGAAUGAGCCCGGCUACGUCGAGCUUCUCGUCAAGCAGUACCCCGGCGGCCCCAUGAGCACCCACAUCCACAACCUCCAGCCCGGCCAGACGCUCGACAUCAAGGGCCCCCUCCCCAAGUACGCCUGGGCCGAGAACAAGCACGACCACAUCGGCCUGAUCGCCGGCGGCACCGGCAUCACCCCCAUGUUCCAGCUGGCGCGCGGCAUCUUCCAAAACGCAAACGACAAGACAAAGGUCACCGUCGUGUUCGGCAACGUCAGCAAGGAGGACAUUCUCCUCAAGAAGGAGCUCGAGGAGCUCGAGAACACGUACCCCCAGCGCUUCCGCGCCUUUUACGUCCUCGACAAGGCCCCCAAGGGCUGGCAGGGCAACACGGGCUUCAUCACCAAGGACCUGCUCAAGACGGUCCUCCCGGAGCCCAAGAGCGAGAACAUCAAGAUUUUCGUAUGCGGACCCCCCGGCCUGAUGAAGGCCAUCUCCGGCAACAAGGUCAGCCCCAAGGACCAGGGCGAGCUGUCGGGUGCUCUGCAGGAACUUGGCUACAGCAAGGACCAGGUCUACAAGUUUUAA